AUGGCAUCCAAACUGUUAUCAACUGAACAACAAAACUUUGCCCGUCUUGGAAUUGGCUGCGUUGACCUAAUAAAACUAGUCUUGAAAGAUAUUUUGCGAAUUCAAAUUCAACCAAAAGAUUUGUUCACCGCAAUCAAUUCAUGUCUGGAACUGACAACCGUAAGAUACAAACUCCGGCCAGAGCAGCAAAAGAUUUGUUUUAUUCCUCCGCCUCUUACUCCUGACUAUGAAAAGUUUGACGUGUCCUUAUUGUACACACUGAUACGCGAUCUGUGUCCCACCUUAAAACCAACACAGGGAUGGGGAAAGGUACCAAAAGCUACAAAUAAACAAAUUGGAGAUGAUAUCGAGCGUCUUAGGAUUUUAAGAAAUGGAAUGUUUCCACAUUUAGGUUCUACAACUGUGCCCGAUUCAGAGUUCACUUUACUUUGGAAAGACUUGCAAAUUAUAUUACCGAGAACCCAGGCAUUUGUUAUAUCAAAGAAAUACACAGCUGACUAUGAGAAAGAGCUAUCCAUUAUAGAGAAAUGUGACUUUGGCAUGGAGGAUAUGGAGAAAUACAAAAUUCUUUUAGAAGGAACAAUGCUCAUUUUGAAGCAACUAGAAAAUGAAAGAGUUAGGGAAAAUGACACCGGUACAGAGAAAUACAAAGGCAGCAGCAGUAGACGGUUGGUGAUACAGAGAGUAUCAAAGGAAGAUGAGGGUGAAUACCAGGCUGUUCUUUUAUGGAAAAUUGACGAUCAAACUCUAAAUAUCACCAGCAAUCCCAUUUUUUUUAAAUGCUCAGGGAGGUAA